CCCCGUAGCUCCCCCCACCCCCCGUUGUCUCAGGGCCCUCCCCCCCCCCACCCCGUAAGAGACCCGGAGCGGGGCCCCCCUCGACUCGCUGCCCAGAGCCAGGCGACCAGAGGACACGGGAGGCCGCAUGCGAAGCCAGGCUCCCUCGAUGGGGCGAGUCACGCUUGUGCCGCUCCCCGUGCCUUCCUGCGCCAAGUUCAGCAACCAGCCCGACAUCGCCUCCAACAAGAUCCUCAUACUGGAAUUGACUGAAUGGUUAUGUAUAUGGAUUUUUAAUAAACACUAAGAGAAGCAAUUUUAAUUCGAGUUAAGCCUUUAAGCUUCCACACCAAGCCAAGCUUAGCAUUCUUUUUAAAACGCUCGUUCGCCGAGAGCGAGAAUCUUACGUCGCUAGGGCGAGCGGCCGAAGUAUCCGCCGGGUUUGCUUGGAAGGAAGCGCGAGGAAAGCGGAGUUUGGUGGAAGGGGGGCCAGAGGGGGGGGGGCGACAAGAUGGAAGAAGCCCUCCUGGACGGGGCGUCCAACCGCAAGCAUCGGCGGGACCUGGAGCCGCCCGCGAGCGUCAACCGCAACAGCCGCAACAACAACAACAACCACGGCGGCGGCGGCGGCGAUGAAGCCAGAGGCAACGGUCGCGUGCAGGACGGCGCCGCCCGCUCGCCGUCUGAAGGAGACGCGACGACGGCGUUGUUGGGAAGAGGAGGAGGAGGUGGUGGUGGUGGUGGUGGUGGAGGAGGUGGAGGAGUUGGUGGUGGAGGUGGUGGUGGUGGUGGUGGUGGAGGUGGUGGGGACGAGGCGGGGAAAGCAGUGGAGCGGUGGCCCGGCAAGGAGAGCGGCAGCGGCGUGGCCGCCGUGCCCGCCGGCGACGGCGACGAGUCGGAGAGCGACGGGGACAGCUCGGUGGAGGAGCUGCCCCUGCGCCAGUGGGUGAUGAACGGCGCCAUCACCUUCGGACGGGAGUUCUGCUACGCGGUGGACACUGCGCUCGUCACGCCCGUGCUGCUCACCAUCGGCCUGCCUGAGCAGUACUACUCGCUCACGUGGUUCCUCAGCCCCGUGCUGGGUCUCAUCUUCACGCCGCUCAUCGGCUCGGCGAGCGACCGCUGCACCCUGCGCUGGGGCCGGCGCCGCCCGUUCAUCCUCGUGCUCAGCAUCGGCACGCUCAUCGGCAUCAUGCUCUUCCUCAACGGCGCCAACAUCGGGCUGGCAGUGGGCGAUGUGCCUGGCGAGCAGCUCGUGGGGAUCGUGGUGACGGUGCUCGGGGUGGUGCUCCUGGACUUCUGUGCGGACGCGGCGGACGGCCCGGUGCACGCGUACCUCCUGGACAACGCCGACACGGAGGAGCAGGACCGCGCGCUCAGCAUCCACUCGCUCGCCGGCAGCCUGGGCGGCGCGCUGGGCUACAUGAUGGGUGGCAUCGACUGGACGCACACGCCGCUGGGCCUUGCCUUCCGCUCGCAGCAGCAGGUGCUCUUCUUCUUCACGUCGCUCGUGUUCACCGCCUCGCUGCUGCUGCACCUCUUCAGCAUCCCCGAGGAGGUGUACACGGGGCCCGUCGGCGACGAGGGCUCGUCGCGCGCCAUCAACUCGGCCCGCGCCAACUCCUUGCCGCGGCCGAAUCUCGAAGAGGGGGAGGGGGCGGCCGUCGCCGCCGCCGCCGACGACGCGGCGGCGUCGUCGUCGUCGCGCGACCCGGAGCGCGGCCUCGACGACCGUGACCUGGACGACGAGGCGGGCGACGGUGGGCGCUCACAGGCGCUGUCGUGCCUGUUCGCCGACGAGGUGCACUCGAACCACGAGGUGUACAUGGGCCGCGACGACGACGACGACGUCCACGAGGCCGAGCUGCUGCGAUCGCAGAGCGACUCGGUGCUGCACAUGGGCGACGUGGGCUCCGAGCUGCUCUACCUCGGCUGCAUGGAGCCCUCCGAGUUCGACGGCCCCUUCAUGACGCCGACGCACGCCGCGGCCGAGGCCGCCCGCAGCGCCGACAGCCUGUCCGGCGCCGCGAGAGACCGGGGGGGGAGCGACGCGCCGUUCCUGCUGCCGCCGCUGGACGAGGCGGGCGCCGGCGGCGAGCUCCCGGGGGUCGCGGCGGAUGGAGGAGGAGGAGCGGGGGACGGCCGCCGCCUGGCCAACGGGAUCAAGGCGAAGGGAAGGCUCCAGCAGCAGCAGCACGGCGUGGGGCUGAGGCCCCGCUCGGCGUCCAUGCGCCGGCGGCACCAGCAGUUCUACCAGCGGCAGGCGACGUACGACUUCUACGCCUACUCGGGGCGGCUGGGGUCGCACCGCUACCGGCACCGGCGCGCCAACGCCUUCCUGCUCAUCAAGGCGUCGCGCAGCCUCAACGACCUCUACGAGCUGCAGCGGCGCCAGCGCAUGAGGAUGCAGCAGCGCACGAGGCUGCGGCACGCAAGCAGCGCGACGGAGGAGAGCGAGGGCAGCGAGUCGAGCGACGAGGUGGAGAUGGAGAUGUCCGUGCGGCUGCUGUGGCUCUCCAUGUUCAAGAUGCCGCGGCAGCUCCUGCGUCUCUGCCUGUGCCACCUCAUCACCUGGGUGUCCAUCAUCGCCAUGUCCGUCUUCUACACCGACUUCAUGGGCCAGGUGGUCUUCCAAGGCGAGCCUACGGCCCCCCACAACUCGACGGAGCUGGAGAACUACAACAAGGGGGUGCAGUACGGCUGCUGGGGCCUCGUCAUCUACGCCGCCACGGCCGCCCUGCUCUCCGGCCUGCUGCAGCGCUACACGGUGCACCGGGACGUGAGCCUCAAGCUGCUGUACAGCGUCGGCACGCUGGGCUUCUCGCUCGGCAUGGCCGUGAUGGCCGCAGUGCCCAACCUGGCCGUGUCCAUGACGAUGAUCGGCACCAUGGGGCUGCUCUACGUGGUGCUCUCCUACUGCCCCUACGCCAUGCUGGGCUUCUACCACGAGGACGACGAGUAUGUACGGCACAGCCCCGGCGGCACGCGGCGCGGGCUGGGCAUCGACUGCGCCAUCCUGUCGUGCCAGGUGUACAUCUCCCAGAUCCUGGUGGCGGCCGGCAUCAGCGUGGUGAUCGACGCGUUCGACACGGUGCGCUCCGUGCCCGUCGUCGCCUCCGCCGCCGCCUUCCUCGCCUUCCUCGCCGCCACCUUCAUCCUCAUCUACCCGGACGACGACGAGGAGGAGGAGGGGGGGAAGGAGGGGGGGAAGGAUGAGGGGAAGGACGGGAGGGCCCAAGACGACACGGGAGGAGGGGAGGGAGGCGGCCGUGCGCAGGAAGAGCGGGGCGAGAGGGCGCCGGCCACGCUGCAGCUGCGGCGCAAGCCUGGCAAGGGGGCGGAGGAGGAGGCGGCGGUGGCGCCGAUGGCGACAUCGGCGGCGGCGCUGCAGCUGGAGACUUGUGUGUGAGAUAGUGUGUGUGAGAGAGAGUUUGUGUGUGUGAGAGUGUGAGAGAGAGAGUUUGUGUGUGAGAGUGUGUGAGAGUUUGACAGAGAGAGAGAGUGUGUGUGAGUGUGAGAGAGAGUGUGAGUGUGUGAGAGAGCGAGAGAGUGUGUGUGUGUGAGAGAGUGAGAGAAAGAGUGUGUGUGUGAGAGAAAGUGUGUGUGUGUGAGUGAGAGAGAUAGUGUGUAUGUGUGAGAGUGUGUGAGAGUGAGAGAGAGCGUGUGAGAGAGAGUAUGUGUGUGAGAGAAAAUGUGAGAGUGUGAGAGAGUGCGAGAGAGUAUGUGUGUGUGAGUGUGUGAGAGUGUGAGAGAGAGUGCGAGAGAGUAUGUGUGUGUGAGUGUGUGAGAGUGUGAGAGAGAGUGCGAGAGAGUAUGUGUGUGUGAGUGUGUGUGUGAGAGAGAGUGCGAGAGAGUAUGUGUGUGAGUGUGUGUGUGAGAGAGAGUGCGAGAGAGUAUGUGUGUGAGUGUGUGUGUGAGAGAGAGUGCGAGAGAGUAUGUGUGUGUGAGUGUGUGAGAGAGAGUGCGAGAGAGUAUGUGUGUGUGUGUGUGAGAGAGAGUGCGAGAGAGUAUGUGUGUGUGAGUGUGUGUGUGAGAGAGAGUGCGAGAGAGUAUGUGUGUGUGAGUGUGUGAGAGAGAGUGCGAGAGAGUAUGUGUGUGUGUGAGAGAGAGUGCGAGAGAGUGUGUGUGUGAGUGUGUGAGAGAGAGAGAGUGAGUGUGAGAGAGUAUGUGUGUGUGAGUGUGUGAGAGAGAGUGUGAGAGCGUGUGUGUGUGAGUGUGUGAGAGAGAGAGAGUGAGUGUGAGAGAGUAUGUGUGUGUGAGUGUGUGAGAGAGAGUGUGUGUGUGAGUGUGUGAGAGAGAGAGAGUGAGUGUGAGAGAGUGCGAGAGUGUGAGUGCUUGACUGUGACGGUGUUGAGAGUGACUUCCAGACUGUGGCGGCCUGCAGAGGAGAAGGAGUGACCCCUGCCACUGGGUGACGGUUGACUGGGGGGUGAAGGGGUUCCAAUCGAAGCCGCUCUCGUUUCUACCGCCCUGCUCGUGUCGUCCAUGCUUGUGUCCUUAGACGCUUGUCCCCUCCUCGGUUUGCACCGUUAUCGCCGACGUGGAGCUCUGGUGUAUAAUUUGCAUAAUGCUGUAAGUUUCGUCAACAUUGCAUAAUUGACCCCUUGGGUCUCUCACGAUGCUAGUCGUAUCGAUUUUAAUUACUGAUUUGAUGCUCGUUACAUGCCUAACAUGUGUGUGUGUGUAUGUGGAUAACCGUGUGUGUGUAUACACCUUUUAUAGGAGGUCACGAACAGAACUCGCCCCCAACAGUCCGUAGAGGCUAGAGGGGGACUUUUAUCUUUGUACGUGUGUGUGUACGUGUGUGUGUACGUGUGUGUGUACGUGUGUGUGUACGUGUGUGUGUGUACGUGUGUGUGUACGUGUGUGUGUGUACGUGUGUGUGUGUACGUGUGUGUGUGUACGUGUGUGUGUGUACGUGUGUGUGUACGUGUACGUGUGUGUGUACGUGUACGUGUGUGUGUACGUGUACGUGUGUGUGUACGUGUACGUGUGUGUGUACGUGUACGUGUACGUGUACGUGUGUGUGUACGUGUGUGUGUGUGUA